AGCGUUUGUUUACACUCCCGUUGCGAUCAUUCCCGUUUCGCGCGCGCGUUGAACCCUACUGAAAUGUGUUAAUUUUACGCGUUUUUUUUACAAUAAAACUUAUUCGUAACGUUAAAGCGUGUGCCAAGUGGUGGUGUUUAUGUGCGUGAAGGAAAUUGAUGUACCAGUCGCGUAAAUUCAAUGUUCACAGGCAGCGAUGGAAACUCCACGCACGGCGGUGAAUCAUCGAACUCACCGAGGUCACCUGAGAACGCCAACAAUGUCGAGCAGCAAGAAAUCGCUGUUCGGAAAGGAUGUGGACGAUGAAACCGACAUUGGACCGAUAACACCACUCCGGUUCGGUAGCCACCGGAAGAGCACGAGAAAAUCCACAAGUGCCCUAAGCAACAUUACCUCCUUUCGCAACCUGUUUGGCAAUGCUUCACCGGACGAUAGCGAUCGUUCCCUGUCGCCAGAUUUUGCGACACGCUUUACCAACAAUGGACGGUACGAGCUGCUAUCGGCGGACCACGACAAAGAAAACAUGAUGGCUCAUCCUGUCGACGAAGAGACGCGCUUCUCCUUUGACAGCAGCAGCAUCCCGGAAACGCCGACCAGUCGGCUCAGUGCCGAGGAAAGUGCGCUGCUCGAUGAAAAUAACUCAAACUCCCUAUCGAUACUGAUGAAUGCGGAUCUGAAUCUGGUAGAGAAGCAAUCGCUCCACCGUACGCCGGGCGUGACGACACGCAGUCGCGCGAUAAACAAUACUAAUGCACGAUCCGUUGAUUCUUCGCUUCGCCGAACGCAGCUGCAUCUGGCGGGCGUUAAGCGAGCGCACGCUGGAACGCCGGACGACACGUCGCAAUCACCUUCGUGUGCCGGCAGCGAUAGGAGCAGCGCAAAACGGCCCUACACCCGUGCACGCACAGCGCUCCACUUCAACGAUGUGCAACCGAUACCGACAAAAUCGUUCUACUCAUCGGCCGCCGUGGAAAAAGUUACGCCAGUUAAGAUGCCACCAGCGAUGUCUACGAAAUCGUUUUACGCGUCUUCCUCGAAGCUAGAUGCGCACCCGAUUCCCACCCACGCCUCACCUGAAAACUCUCACCCAAAACCAGCCACGAACGAAGGCUCAGCAGCAAAAAAGCCAUUUUCUGCUUCAAAAACGCCCCGUAAAGCGUCGUCGACGACCGUGCGCAAACGGACCAAAUCCUUCUCGUCCAGUAAUGCGCCACGGUUAGGCCAACGGGGUACCGUCCAUAAGAUCCAGAAACCGGUGAAAAAAGCACCCGUGGCGCCGAAAAGGAGAAGCUCAAGAGGGCAGCAAAAAAACCGUGCCAUUGCCGGUGGAACGAAAAGUUGUCCCACGACACCGAAAGCCGAAAGGAAUGCGCCCAGCCUCGACCAUGCCGAGAUGGUCCGCAAGCUGAACGAUGUCAGCGGUAGCGUUCGGCAGGGUCGAACGAACCUAACAAACGCUCGUCCGCUGUCCAGUGCACGUUCGAUGACGGAUCUGAGCCAGGCCUGCAACGAAGCUAACACAUCUUCGGACGAAGAUGAAGAUUCAGCGUCCGAGCAGGAGGACGACAGGGUGCGGCGCAAGUUCUUUCGCUCGAAAGAUAAAUCGCGCUCGAUACGCCGUGUGUACAACCAUUUCAAUUCCAUCAUCAUUGGCGUGAAGAAUGGUGGCAAGCGAAAGUUGCUUAGCUUUCCGCAAACGCCGAAACGUCGGCGUACCGCUUUCGAGCAGGAUGAUUUCGAUUUUGAAAGCGAACAGUUGGAGGUGGACAAUCUGAUCAGCCAGCUGGACGAUGGGGAAGAGCUUAAUGGCGCGCAUGACAACGAUGAUGAUGAUGCACCGAUACCGAUACAAUCAAACGUCAUCUACGUGUCUGCAGACGAUGGAUUCGCCGGGGAAAACGGCCGAGUGGAGGAAGGUAUGGAAUAUCAAGUACCGAAUGUGGAGAAUGGAUCAAUCAUUAUACAGCAUGACGAAUCGGAGGCUCUGCCGGUGGUGCUCGUCCAAGGCGACGAUUCAAAUUUGCAUUACGAAACCGUUCAGCGAGGUGCCGCUGACCAUUGUGGUGAAUUUAUGACAAACAGCAGCACAAUCAUUAUACAGCAUAACGAGUAUCAUACCGCUUCGACGAUUCAUCGUGCCAGCGCAACGUCCACAACGGUCAUGAACAGCUCAACAGUAUCACAACAGUAUCACUACGCAACCCAGUGCCAGGCGGAUCAACCGCCCCAAACGACCUCCAACCCAGUGCCAAACGAAUACUAUCCCCUGUUCUAUCCCGACCGGGCAAAGCAACUCUGGAAACAGCAAACGGCCGGUGCCGUUCCCGGCGGACAAACCGAUGUGUACCACUUGCUGCGCCAACAGGACAUUCCGGCCCGGGGCGCAAUGCACGGCAUCGGCAAGGACCAGUAUCAAAUCGAUGCCGGUCAGCGGGGGUACGGUGCGGUCCACUGUAAAGAAUGUGGCCUAACGUACACGACGCACGAACCGGAAGAGGAGCGCUUCCAUGACAGCUUUCAUCGCUCGCAGGCCAAACUCACGUUCCCCGGCGGAAUGAACGAGCUGGUGGUAGCGAGCGUACCGGAGUGGGACGUUACCGGGCGAAUUAUUGUCGUCGCAUCGCAGACCGCAAGUAACCGACCGUUGCUGAAACGGAUACGGGGCGUGCUGGAGGUGGUGGACGCUGAGCUUGGCUACGCGGCACAGGGCGAACUGCCGAAUGGUGCCUGCGUGUAUGUGGCCAUCGCUCGCGGAACGGUGCUGGGGCUGUGCGUCGUGCAGCCGGUCCAGUAUGCGAACCGAAUGAUCUGCCUCGAGGGAUUGCACGGUGUACCGAUCGAUUGCUAUUCGUCCGAGUUUUAUCCGGCCAAAUGCGGCAUAUCGCGGCUUUGGGUAGCGCCCAAAUACCGCCGACACGGCAUCGGACGCAAGCUGCUGAACGCGAUCCGGUAUCAUUACAUCUUCGGCUACACGCUGGCGUGCGACGAGAUCGCGUUCGGUGCACCGACGGAGCUGGGUAAACUGUUUGCGGAAUCUUUUGCCGGGCGGAAAGAUUUUCUCGUCUACAUUUAGCUCACAGUUUUAUGUGCCACACCGAUCAUCCUGUUUCCCCCCCCCCCCCCCCCCACACUUUUUAUGUUAUUUGUGUGCUUGUUUUUGUUAGGCGUUAAGAUUUAAGAGGAGCUGUUCGACUCCACAAUGUACCUCUCUUUUUUGCUUAAUUUUAUUCCAUGUAAAUAAACGAUUGGUCAGGAGGCUGCUUUUUUUUCGGCCACUCCGCACCGGGUGUACGGGUUCU